UCCGCAAAGUACAAACCGACGACCAACUCCGCGCUGUCAAAGAUUCCGUCUCUGCCCUCCCUUUCUUCUUACUUUCCCCUUUCCCUGCCCUAAUUUCCUUUUCUUUUACAGAGUAAGUCCUAAAACUAAUGGUCACCACUCGCCACCCACUUUUACCCCCACCCCACCCCCCUGAAUUGAACCCCAUCAUCAUUUUCCCUCUUCCCCUUUCUUCUCCUCCAAUUCAAUUUCAAUUAUUACUAUGGGUUGCACCAGCUCCAAGCUUGAUGACUUGCCGGCGGUCGCCCUCUGUCGGGAGCGUUGCUCCUUUCUCGACGAAGCCAUCCAUCAGCGUUACUCCCUUGCUCAGUCUCACAUCGCUUAUAUUCACUCUCUUCAAUCUGUUGGUCUCUCUCUCCACCACUUCUUCAGUCUCCAUUUCGACCACGAUCACGAUCACGAUCACGAUCACGAUCACUUCUCUGCUGAUCCUCCUUCUCCCGUUCUCAAUCCCCCUCCUCACCGUAAAGCCGACUCCCAACCCUCCGCUUCUCCUCCCGACAAUAAGCCUCCCGCUACUCAUCACCACUCCGAGAGCUCUGGCUCCCACCUUCACUUCCACUCCGAUUCCGAGGACGAAGAUUCCCCUUCUGCCUCUUUGCAUCACCUCUCCGAUGCCCCCACGCCGCUCCAUCCCUACGCGGAUCCUAAUUCCAUCGCCACUGAUGGCACCUAUCCGCUUCCUGCUUCCGGUAGAUUUAUGCACCUCAAUUUCAUGAGGAACCAAUCCACGCCAUCUGUUACCUAUCAACAACGCCCGAUGAGCCCUGACACUGUACGCAUGGGUGACUCUGCUACUUCUUCCUACUACCCUUAUCCUUAUCCCAAUACCCCAAAUCCAGGCUCUUUCUACAAUUACCCCAGUUUUGCCGGUGGUUUUGGUUCCUCGCCGCCUGGACACUACUACAAUUACUCAUCUCCGGCAGGACCAUCAUCUGCGCCAUCGGCUUCCGAACAACCUCCGCCGCCGCCGCCUCCCCCAACCACCUCAGCUUGGGAUUUCUUGAACCCCUUUGAGAGUUUUGACAACUUUUAUCGUCCGUACUCACCAAGCCGGGAUUCUAGGGAGGUGAGAGAAGAGGAGGGAAUUCCUGAUUUGGAAGAAGAGGAUUUUGAGCAUGAGGUUGUGAAGGAAGUGCACGGAGAUCAAAAGUUUGUGGACAGUGCUGGCGCCGGAAGCUAUUCCAAGGCUCCCGCAAAGGAUGAGGAUGACAAGCCAAAUGAUUCAGAGUCGCUUUACCGGAAUAGACCAAGCGUAUCUGCGGAGAAUGAUCCUGUGGAGUACGAGGUGCAUGUCGUGGAUAAGCAAGUGGUUGACGAGGUGGGGACAUCAGGGGAUCGGACCCAUGUACGAGGCUUCAAGGCUCAUGGCGGCUUCAAGGGGGACUCUGAUGUCAUGAGGGAGAUUCAGGUUCAAUUUGAACGAGCAUCAGAAUCUGGCAGCGAACUGGCUAAGAUGCUAGAGGUUGGAAAGCUUCCUUAUAACCGCAAACAUGCCACAUAUCAAGCUUCUUCCAAGAUGUUGCACACUUUCACCUCUUCCUUGUCUGCGUUAUCAUCACAACCUUCUACUUCAAAAAGUGACAUGGAUGAUAAGUCUGAUCCUGCUUUGCUAGAUAUAGAAGGAGAAGUGAGUUCUUUAAGGUCCAAAAAUAUUUCUUCUACAUUGCAGAAGCUUUAUCUUUGGGAAAAGAAACUGUAUGAAGAAGUCAAGGUUGAGGAGAAAAUGAGGGUGCUUCAUGAGAGGAAAAAUCAAAGAUUGAAGCGACUAGAUGAAAAGGGUGCUGAGGCUCACAAAGUUGAUGUGACAAGGACUUUGAUCAGGAGCCUUUCAACAAAAAUUAGGAUUUCAAUUCAAAUUGUUGAUAAGAUCUCUGAGAAGAUAAAUAAAUUGAGGGAUGAAGAGUUGUGGCCACAACUAAAUGGAUUCAUACAAGGGUUAACCAGAAUGUGGAAGUCCAUGCUUGAGUGCCAUCAGAACCAGUGCCAGGCUAUUGUGGAAGCGAAACGAUUGGAUUCCAUUGCAUUGCACAAACACUUUAGUGAAGCUCAUCUUGAAGCCACUUUACACCUUGAGCAUGAGCUUCUUAACUGGAUUUUAAGAUUCUCUAGUUGGGUAAGUACCCAGAAAGGGUAUAUCAUAGCACUGAAUAACUGGCUUAUGAAAUGCCUCCUUUAUGUUCCUGAAGAAACUCCUGAUGGAAUAGUUCCAUUCUCACCUGGUAGGAUAGGUGCUCCCCCUGUGUUUGUUAUUUGUAAUCACUGGUCACAAUCAUUGGAAAGAGUUUCUGAGAAAGAGGUUGUAGAUAGUAUGCGAGAUUUUGCCACAAACGUCCUUCAGCUCUGGGAACGAGAUAAGCUAGAAAUGCGCCAUAGAGUGAUGGCCAAUAAGGAUAUGGAGAGAAAAGUGAAGAACCUUGAGAGGGAAGAUCAAAAGAUACAGAAAGAGAUGCAGGCACUAGAAAAAAGGAUGGUAUUGGUUUCUGGGGAGGAAAAUGUACUCUCAUUAAAUAGGCAUGCCAUUUACCAGAGUGAUACAAGCAAAAAUAGUAGCCUUCAGUCUGGUCUACAGCGGAUCUUUGAGGCCAUGGAGAGAUUUAGUGCAAAUUGCUUGAAAGUGUAUGAGGAGCUGUUGCAGCGAAUUGAAGAGGAUAAUCUUGCGCGAGAGCAUGAAAAAGUGUCAUAGCCAUGCAUGCCUUAAGACAGACAGAGAUUGUGUUACCAUUUGUGGGCAGCCCUGCAUCUUUGGCGGAAGGUAUUGCUGUUUUAUUCUGAGAUCAAAUGGAGUAUAGUACAUACUCUCUCUUGCCUUUUCCUCCAAUGAUAUAGCAUUUCCUCCGAUCAUCAAUGAUAGGGGAACAAUACACUUCCAUUUCAGCUGCCUGCUUGCCUCUCAAGACUGAUUCGGUCCUCAGCUCAGGUCUUCUUGAUAGUGAGUGGGUUUAGGAUAUUGACCAGCUAUUACUGUCGCAAGCUUUAUAAAGUAAGUUUCAGGAACCCGGCCUGAGGGCUGUUAAGGCUGAUGGGGGAGUAGAUUUGACGUGACAUUAAAGAUGGUUGCUCCUGCAAUUUGGCCAAGGGGGAGAAGAUGCAGUUGAGUAUAUUGGUUUAAGCAUGAUGGAUGGUGGAGAGAUACUUGUUGGGACACCAGACCGCCCAGAGUGAGAGUAUGAUACUAAAGUAAAGCAAAAUACUGAUAACAUAUGGUUUGCAUCUAAUUAAUUAUUGAUUAUGUAUAUGAUACAAUACAAUACUUGAUAAACACCCCCUACUGCUGAACUUGUCAUGUUCAGAAGAAAUAAAUACUACCCCGUAGAUCAUUAUAUUGACAA